AUGGGGUUGCGGAGAGCCAUCGCCAUUAUCCUGCUCUUUUUUUCUUGCUUGUGUCCAGAGGGGGAGGCGGCGACGUUCACGUUCGUGAACCGGUGCGGGGAGACGGUGUGGCCGGGCAUCCUGUCCAACGCCGGCACCGCACGGCUAGGCACCACGGGGUUCGAGCUCGCGCCGGGCGCCUCGCUCGCCGUGCCGGCGCCGUCGUCCUGGUCCGGCCGCCUCUGGGCGCGCACCGGCUGCGCCCAUGACCCCGCCACGGGGCGCCUCGUGUGCGCCACGGGAGACUGCGGGUCCGGCGCGGUCGAGUGCGCGGGCGCCGGCGCGGCGCCGCCCGCCACGCUGGCCGAGUUCACGCUCGGCGGGGGCGGCGCCGGGCUCGACUUCUACGACGUCAGCCUCGUGGACGGGUACAACCUGCCCGUGCUGGUGGCGCCGUCCUCGGGGACGUGCGCGGCGGCCGGGUGCGCCGCGGACCUGAACGCGAUGUGCCCGCUCGAGCUCCGGUCCGGCGGCGGCGCCGCGUGCCGGAGCGCGUGCGACGCGUUCGGGCGGGAGGAGUUCUGCUGCAGCGGCGCGCACGCCAGCCCGGCCACCUGCGGGCCGACCUCCUACUCGCAGGUGUUCAAGAUGGCAUGCCCGCGCUCCUACAGCUACGCCUUCGACGACCCAACCUCCACUUUCACCUGCGCCGGCGGCCCCGAUUACACCGUCACAUUCUGCCCCGCCGGCGCAACCCCAAGCCAGAAAUCGACGGCGGUGCCUGGCGCGACGGCCACCACGCCGACAACCGUUCCAGGGACAGCAACUCCGACGACGGCGCCUGGUGCAGCCGCCACGACGCCAACAACGGUGCCUGGGACGGAGAUGCCGGCUACGAUGCCGGGCAUGACAUUCACGGACGCCAUCCCUGGCAGCACGCCGAUGCCGAUGGGCGGCGAGGCCGGCAUCGGUGGCAGCAUCCAAGGCCAGGGUGUGUUCCUAGGCAGUAGAAGAGACGACUCCUGGCUCGCCAACAUGGCCACCGGCGACGUCACGGCCGGGGGAGCGGUGGCGGCAGCCUCGGCGCAGCUAGCUGCGGCGCCAUUGGCGUUGCUCGUGCUCCACCUGCUGCAGCGGUAG